GCGUGUGUGUCACGCCAGAUGCGUGAAAGUUGAUAGCUUUCUGGUACAACUCGCGGCAACACCUCCGAUUUAUUUGGCAAAUGCUAUUCUGUUCGACUGUAGGCCUAUAUAGUUAACUCCUAAAUAUACAACUUAAACUAUAAACUAUAGAACUUAAAAUAUCUUUUGAAAGUAUCGUUCAGCCAUUCUCAAAAUACGCAAUACGUCCACAUACAAAAAUUCUGGAUAUUUUGUACCACAUUAUGUUAAGAUACAGAAAUGGUAGCAAAUUGAGCAAAAUAAAGUUAAAGUAAUGAUAGACAGGCUAGGCUACUCCGAGAAGCUCAUGCAUGGCAGGCAUUAAUUAUGGCUAACCUCGCAUUAUUGAGCCCACAUGACAAGAAAACCUCAUAGCAGGAGGAUCCUGCAGCCUCACUCAGCAGAUAUGAAGCGCCGGCAGCCGCCGUAAGAUGCCCCAAGUUUGGUGAUUCCGAGAGAGCGCGCGCCGUGAGCCGAAACAUCUGGAAAAUGAAAAAGACGAGAUGGGGUGAUAGGGAGCAGCUUGAGAGGGGGUGCUCCGUUCGGGAUGAGGCUCCAGGGCCGGGCAGGAGCACCGCCCGCGGCCGCUUCUCCGAGUCCUGGAAAAGGCUGAGCUCCAGGCAGAGUUCCACCAAGAGAGCUGGGCUGGCCUCUCUGCAGCUGCCGGCACAGAAGUCCUGGAUAGAAAGAGCCUUCAGCAAGCGAGAAUGUGUACACGUAAUUGUAAGCACAAAGGACCACCACAGGUGCUGCUGCGGACGUCUGAUUGGUCAGCACGUUGGUUUGCCCCCGAGCAUCUCCUCCAGUCAGAAUGACAAGAAUGAAAGGAAAAAUGACAGCCUGCUGGAGAAGUGGUCUGUCAGCAAGCACACGCAGAUCAGCCCCACGGAUGCCUUCGGCACCAUUGAGUUUCAGGGAGGGGGACACUCUAACAAAGCAAUGUACGUCAGGGUGUCAUAUGACACCAAGCCUGACCUUCUCUUGCACCUGAUGACUAAGGAGUGGCAGCUGGACCUUCCCAAGCUCCUCAUCUCGGUCCAUGGCGGACUGCAGAACUUUGAGCUGCAGCCCAAACUCAAGCAGGUCUUUGGUAAAGGGCUCAUUAAGGCAGCAAUGACAACAGGGGCGUGGAUCUUCACUGGGGGAGUGAACACAGGCGUGAUCCGUCACGUGGGGGAUGCACUUAAGGACCAUGCCUCAAAAUCCAGGGGCAAGAUCUGCACUAUUGGAAUCGCACCCUGGGGAAUUGUGGAGAAUCAGGAUGACCUCAUCGGCAAAGACGUGGUCAGGCCGUACCAGACCAUGUCAAAUCCUCUUAGCAAGCUGACGGUGCUUAACAGCCUGCACUCUCACUUCAUCCUGGCUGACAACGGCACCACUGGAAAGUAUGGAGCUGAAGUCAAACUCCGCAGGCAGCUAGAGAAGCACAUCUCACUUCAGAAGAUUAAUACUCGAAUCGGACAGGGGGUCCCUGUGGUGGCGCUCAUCGUGGAGGGGGGGCCCAACGUGAUCUCCAUCGUGUUGGAGUACCUGCGAGACACCCCCCCGGUGCCUGUUGUGGUCUGUGAUGGCAGUGGCCGGGCGUCAGACAUCCUGGCCUUUGGGCACAAAUACUCUGAAGAAGGAGGGAUCAUUAACGAGUCUUUAAGGGACCAGCUGCUCGUCACCAUCCAGAAGACCUUCAACUACAGCCGGACGCAGGCGCAGCACCUCUUCAUCAUCCUCAUGGAGUGCAUGAAGAAGAAGGAGCUGAUAACCGUUUUUCGAAUGGGGUCAGAGGGACAUCAAGACAUCGACCUAGCCAUCCUGACAGCCCUUUUGAAAGGAGCCAACGCAUCAGCCCCUGAUCAGUUAAGCUUGGCUUUGGCCUGGAACAGGGUGGAUAUUGCCAGGAGCCAGAUCUUCAUUUAUGGACAGCAGUGGCCGGUGGGUUCCCUGGAGCAGUCCAUGCUGGAUGCCUUAGUGCUGGACAGGGUGGACUUUGUGAAGCUGCUGAUUGAGAAUGGGGUCAGCAUGCACCGCUUCCUGACUCUUUCCAGGCUGGAGGAGCUCUACAACACGAGACACGGACCAUCAAACACACUGUACCAUCUGGUCAGAGAUGUCAAAAAGCAAGAAUAUCCAGGGUUCAGUUGGAUCUAUUUCAAGGGCAACCUGCCACCAGACUAUCGCAUCAGUUUGAUUGACAUCGGCCUGGUGAUUGAGUACUUGAUGGGGGGAGCCUACCGCUGCAAUUACACCAGGAAAAGGUUUCGAACUCUUUAUCACAAUCUCUUCGGCCCCAAGAGACCAAAAGCACUGAAGCUCUUAGGAAUGGAGGAUGACAUGCCAAUCAGGAGAGGCAGACAGAAGACAACGAGGAAGAGAGAAGAGGAAGUGGAUAUUGAUCUGGAUGACCCAGAGAUUAAUCACUUCCCCUUCCCAUUCCAUGAGCUGAUGGUGUGGGCAGUUCUGCUGAAGCGCCAGAAGAUGGCGCUCUUUUUUUGGCAGCAUGGAGAGGAAGCCAUGGCCAAAGCCCUUGUUGCCUGUAAACUCUGCAAGGCUAUGGCGCAUGAGGCGUCCGAGAAUGACAUGGUUGACGACAUUUCGCAGGAACUCAACCGCAACUCCAGGGAGUUCGGUCAGCUGGCCGUGGAGCUUCUUGACCAGUCCUAUAAACAGGAUGAGCAGAUGGCUAUGAAGCUGCUCACCUAUGAGCUGAAGAACUGGAGCAAUGCCACCUGCCUGCAGCUGGCUGUUGCAGCCAAGCACCGAGACUUCAUCGCACACACCUGCAGCCAGAUGCUCCUGACAGAUAUGUGGAUGGGCCGACUGCGUAUGCGCAAGAACUCCGGUCUAAAGGUGAUCCUGGGGCUUCUUCUACCCCCUUCCAUCCUGAGUCUGGAGUUUAAGAACAAGGACGAGUUGUCCUACAUGCCUCAGGAUCAGGAGUCCAACUUACAGGAGAAGGACGUGGAGGAGCCGGAGAAACAAGUCAAGGAGAAAGAGGAGGAGGACAUGGAGUUCACAGUAAGGUCCUACUGUGGCACACAGUACAACUCCGUGGCCAUGUUAGGAAAAGUAACUGCAGAAACCUCACGGAAGAAAGACGUGGAGGAAGUUCAGAGCAGACACAGACUGAUCCCUUUCGGCCGAAAGAUCUAUGAAUUUUAUAAUGCCCCAAUCGUCAAGUUCUGGUUCCACACAAUGGCUUAUGUUGGGUAUUUGAUGUUAUUCAACUACAUUGUGCUGGUCAAGAUGGACCUGUGGCCAUCCCCCCAGGAGUGGAUCGUUAUUGCGUACAUUUUCACCAAUGGCAUCGAGAAGAUGAGAGAGAUUCUGAUGUCAGAGCCAGGGAAGCUUCUACAGAAGGUCAAAGUCUGGCUCCAGGAAUACUGGAACAUCACAGACCUCAUGGCCAUCCUGAUCUUCUCUGUGGGCAUGGUCCUCCGCCUCCAAGACCCGCCUUUGAUGAGUUAUGGCCGGGUGAUCUACUGUGUCAACAUCAUAUACUGGUACAUCCGCUUGCUGGAUAUCUUUGGGGUCAACAAGUACCUGGGUCCCUAUGUCAUGAUGAUAGGCAAGAUGAUGAUCGACAUGAUGUACUUUGUCAUCAUCAUGCUGGUGGUGCUGAUGAGUUUCGGAGUGGCACGGCAGGCCAUUCUCAACCCCAACGAGGACCCGUCCUGGAUGCUGGCGCGCAACAUCUUUUUUAUGCCCUACUGGAUGAUUUAUGGAGAGGUGUUCGCAGAUCAGAUUGACCAUAUGAAUAGUAGGAAGCCACAGCACAGGCUGAAUGAAAAAUUCUGGCUGGUUGAAAAUAACGUUCGAACUCACGGAACGUGGCGUAACAAUGCGCCGUGUGGACAGAAUGUCACAAAUGAAGAUGGAGGCAUUGUGACACUUCCACCCUGCAAGACGGGAGCCUGGAUUGUUCCAGCGAUUAUGGCCUGCUACCUUUUGGUUGCCAACAUCCUUUUGGUCAACCUUCUGAUAGCUGUCUUCAAUAACACCUUUUUUGAGGUGAAGUCCAUCUCUAAUCAGGUCUGGAAGUUCCAGCGAUACCAGCUGAUCAUGACCUUCCACGAGAGGCCGGUUCUCCCCCCACCGCUCAUAAUCUUCAGUCACAUGACCAUGGUCCUCAAGCACCUGUGCUGUCGCUGGCGGAAGCAUGACGAUGAUGAGCAUGACUAUGGGCUGAAGCUUUUCAUCACCGAAGACGAGCUGAAGAAGCUGCAUGACUUUGAGGAGCAGUGUAUAGAAGAGUACUUCAGAGAAAAGGAGGACUGCUUCAACUCUUCCAAUGACGAGAGAAUCCGAGUCACAUCUGAGAGGGUGGAGAACAUGUCUAUGCGCCUGGAGGAGGUGAACGAACGUGAACAUUUCAUGAAGGCUUCUCUCCAGACUGUGGACAUCCGGCUGGCUCAGAUGGAAGAAAUGAUUGGCCGACUGGCUCUGGCGCUGGAGCGGGUUGCAGGGGUGGAGCGCGUCGAGGUCAACAAGGCUCGGUCGCGCACAUCUUCCGACUGCACCGAUACGGCCUAUAUCCUGAGACAGAGCAGCUUCAACAGUCAAGAGGGCAACGCCUACCGGAUACAGGAAGCCCUGGAGCAGGCUGGUGAGGAAUCUAUCUCUCCCACCUCACCGACCAUCUUGGCUCCACGUGCCAGGAGCCAUUCUUUCUAUGUUGGAGGUUCACGGGACAGAGGCGGGGCUGACAGAAUCGAAGGCUUCUUCAAAGAGCACUCUCUGAGCUUGCACCGUGCCAACAGCUCGCAGUCCAUGGCAUCUGCCGCCCAGAAAGAGCACAAGCCCAUCCCCUUGAACACGCUGGCCGUCUCGCAGCAGCAUCGUCCAUCCUCGUGCAUCGACAUCUACGUGUCAGCGUCGGACGAGGCUCAUGCUCCGAUGGCCGACGCUGACCCUCUGAGGUUGCUGUCCCUUCCGGGGGAGUCUUCCCUCCACUCGGAAAUCAUGGAAGCCGUCCAGGCUGGAGAAUCCUACAGCAGUUCAGGCCUGGGGGUUGUUUCUGGGGGAGACAGACUCUCGGAGGGCACAGCUGUGUUUGAGGACAGCGCAGCUGUUGACCUCUCGCUGUGCUCCAGCCACCUGCUGCCCGAAAGCCUGACGCCGUGGGACCUCGACCCCCCGGCAACCCUGGAGCGUUCCAAGAGUAGCCGCUACCUGUCCACUGCAGGGCCGCUUUUCCUGGAAGACCCGCCCUUGGUUAAGUCACACAGCCUGAUGUUCACGCCGCGUGGCUACUACGGCAGCCUGGGCGUGCAGGUGAAGGCCGCGGAGUACACCAGCAUCACCGACUGCAUCGACACGCGCUGCGUCUCCACUCCCCACGCCCCGCCCGAGCGCUCCGAGUCGCCCAGUUCCUGCUUCUUCGACAAGCCACAAGACCUGGGCGCCUCACACCCCGAACGGGAGGCCGAGCUCAGCCAUGCUGAGUCCGACCCCGAGGAAGGAGAAUUGCUGGCCGAGUCCCGCAGAUCGACGGUAGCGACCGUGACUGGUUACCAGAGCGGGGCGGGGAUGAUGGGCCCCUUCUGCAUGCCGCUGUCUCGGCUGGAAAGGGCCAACAGUUGCUCAUCCGAGGACUCGCACACAGCCAAUGCCCAUGCCCUCAAGACCUUCUCCUUCAGCGAGAAGAUGGACAGGCAGAGGUACUCAAGGAACCCCUUCCAGAGAAGCAAGUCCACAACCAAGUCAGAUGGUAAGACAGAUAGUCUCACCAUGAAGAAGAUGACUAAGAGCUCGGCCUUCCGCAGUUUUGACAGCAGACAGAAUUUUACAUAAAGGGUCUCUUACCGUGACUCCUGGAACAGGACCACACAGUUAUUGCCAAUAAUGAUGAAAUCAGUUGUUCCAUGUCAACCACUUUAGUCAACCUACACCCAUUUUAAUCCACCUAGAUCUUCCGAGGGUUUACAGUACAAAGAUAUUGUUUAUCUGACUUCCUAAAUUCUUAGCAUAUUAUGUACAUACUAUAUUGCCUGGUGCCAAUGGGCCAUCACCAAACCAAAAAAAAAGAUGAAUAGGAGCUGAAAAUUAGUGGCAUUCAGUGUAAACUCUUCCAUGGAGACAGUCAAUGUGGAUCAAAUCAACAAUUUCCCAAAACACACAUUCCAUGGUGAUUUUGCAUUAAACAAAAAAGCUGUUAGUCUUUAUUUAACGUAAGAUUCUCAUAUUUGGACCCAACUUCUUUGUUAUUAUUCUAAGUUAGAAAAAAACAUUGUCUGGGGAGAAAAAGGUCAAUCAUAAAUUUGUUAGAUUACACAUCUGUCUUAAUCUUAGUAUUCCGUACCUGUCCUGUUUAAUCAUUGAUACAAACCAGAAAAAGGAUAUUGCACAUGCUGCAGGCUCUGCUCAUCAAUAAUAAAAAGCCUUCAGCACCCUCUUGCACAGUGUUUCUCAACCCGGCCCUCAGGGACUCCAGACACUCCCCAUUUUUGCUCCCUCCCAGCUUCCUACCAGAAAGUCCACGGUUUUGCUCCCUCCCAGCUUCCUACUGAGCCUGUCCCUACAGUAUACUGUCUGGCAUGGAGCUGGGAGGGGGGAAAACGCGGACGAUCUGGGGGUCCCCGAAUACCGGCUUCAGAAGCACCGCUCUAGAAAAUAUAUAAAAAUGGAAUCAAACAGACAAUUCCAGCUUGCAUUAAGAAAUAACUGUUGUGUGUUGUACCCCCCCCCCACACACACACAUACACACACCUACCCCCCCCCAUCAUCUUCUUCUCUGCUUAUAUGAAGCUGCAUGAGUGGUAAGGGGUCCCUGUCAGGUUGGUGACAGGCUGAAAUCCUCUGGUGCUGUAUAUAGUACAUGUUCAUGUAAUUCACAUUAUCUGGUUGGGAGCAGAGCAGAGACAAGCUGUUCCUGUAAAAUAAUCAACAUCCAAAUGAAAAAAUAACACUCAGAAGAAAAAAAUCUAAAUAAGGAGAUGUCUAGAAUGUGAAUUGAAACAGGGUAUUAAAGCCAAAGAUUUCUUCUUCCUGUGUGAUGCCUGAACUGGUUAAACAUCCAUCACCGCACAAAUUCAAACAUAAGGCGACAUCAAAAGAGUUGUUUGACAUCUGAGAGCUAUAGCAAGGUUUGUUUAUUUGUUUGUUUUCUCAUUUUCCUCUUAAAAUGCAGAUUAUUAAGUCUCUUGCAAUAAGGGGAUAUAUUUUAAUUAAUUUUCCUUCAGAUGCACUCAGUCAUUUUGUUUUGUUGAUUCACAUGUGCUGCUGUUACGGGUAGCAUUUUGCAAAGUUACACUAUAUAUGCUAUAAAAUAAUGGUUGCAUUUUAGUUGAAGGCAUCACCUUCCACAGCUUAAGUGGAAAAAUUACAAAGGUAUUUCUUUAUAUUAAACCAUGUUUUAAAGUGAUGUGAAGGAUAGAACUUGGAAUUUGCCCCAUUUCCAUUUUUAAACUAAAUUUUUUGGGGGGAAAAAUCUAUUUUAAGGCAGGGUAUAUUUGGUCUCUAUGAUUAUAAUUAUUGUGAUAAUAAUAAACAUGAAAAAGGGAAAGCAUUUGGUUGAAUGUCCUGUCAGAUUGUGAGGACCAUCAACUGGGUGUGUGCUUGGUACUGUAUGUCCACUGAAACAUUUAUGUUUCAUGCAUUGCUUUGAUAUCAUAGGUUAUAGGUGUUAUAGGUGUUUAUUGCUGCAGUAAAGAUUGUUCCCUUUCUAGUUUAAAGAGAUAAGUGUAGCUGGUUCCUAGCAAAGGGGGUUAUUUUGCUACACUCAUUACCUGGUAUAUUGAAUAUACAUCUAUAUUAUUUGUGUGAAACAUUUGAUUAGCAAUAUUAUGCUAUUGUGGCCAUUCUCAUAAAGUUGUUCAAAUGUUUUAACAAGUCAUUAAUCUGGAAAAAAAUAACACUUUGGCUUUCAUCUGAAGUACUUUGGCAAAUUGAAAAGUAACAACCCAGGACACAGUUUUCUGUAGUCAUAUUGUUAUGAUGGAAUUAAUCUUACAUUUCUACUUAUAUAAAAACUGAUUUGGUCACAUUCAAAUAAAUGUUUAUACAACAGGUCAUUGAAAAUAGUAAGCAACAAUUUCUUCUAGUUUUCAUCUGAGCAGUGGAUUUAAUCCCUUGGGGUUCCUGGCCAAUACCUGUCUGUACAUGCCUGGCUUAGCUAGAUAUUAUUUUCUUGAUUGGAAAAAUUGAUGACGAUCAGUAACUACUAAGAAAACCCCUGAGAUUUGACCGGAAUGACCAGAAAAUGUUUGUUAACUGCACCCUCAUAAUGCCUUUAUAAUGCAUUCAUAUAACAUUCAAUGAA